AUGCGACAAGCGAGAGCUGUGGAUAUAUCCCCCGUCAUUGCUGCGCGGCAAAGAUCCGACCGCCAGGCUCGAAGUGCCUCUCGACAGCUCUUCCCUCCACUACCCGAGUCCUCUCCUUCGUACCGCGAUCUCGGCAUGAUCUGUGUUGAGUGUUCGCACUGCAAAGCUCUGCAUUUCGUCCAAGAACGCAUCGGGAGCAGCUCUGCCGCAAGGCCCAUUUUUUCCACAUGCUGUGGGAAGGGGAAGCUGUCAUUGCCGCUUCUCCCCGACCCGCCAGCUCUUCUGCGCUCUCUUCUCAUCGAUGAUACUCCAAGGGCCCGCAGCUUCCGUAAGAACAUUCGAGCAUACAAUGUAGCGCUAUCGAUGGCAUCCGUGGUCGCCAAAUGGGCACUGAUGACGCAACUGACACACAUGCUGCACGAAUGCAACCCCUACGUGCAGACGUUUCUGUGUAUGCGAGAAUGGGCUCAAUCUCCUCACAACAACUGUCCUGCCACGUACCAGAUGGUCACCCAUGCCGACCGCAGGCCAAGUCAUGAGCACGUGCGCCGGUACAAUGGUCCCGAAGCUUCUGAAGUCGCCGCAUUGAUCCCUGGAAAUGAAGACGGAGAGAUUGGGCGAAGAGAUAUCGUCGUGCGCAGGAGAGGGACUCUGAACAGUAACGGGAACGAAGUGCUGGAUCCGAUUUCAGUCAGUCAUCGCGCAUACGAUCCAUUGAGUUACGUGCUUUUGUUCCCGAACGGUAGAGAUGGAUGGUAUUCAGAGUUUCGAUUCUCCAGUGUUCAAGACGGCAGACGCGAGUUCAGCACAAUCUUGCACGCAGCACCACUCUUUCAGCAAUACUUAGUUGACCACUUCUGCAAAGUGGAGGCAGAAAGGCUUUCUUAUCUCCGCCACAACCAGACACAACUUCGAGCCGCCGACUACACCUCACUGCGCGACAGCCUAGGAGACUCCCGUCGUGCUGAAGAUGAAGCCGAUGCCGUGCCCCUACUGCCGAACCAAACGCCUCAGGACAGACCGGAUCUGUGCGCACGUGUGUUUCGUCUCAAAAUGAAAGAUCUCAUGUCCUUGUUCAUCAACGAAGAAGUAUUCGGAACCGUUAAACGCGGUCUUCCCCACGCUCACGUUGUAUUUUUCCUAGAUGAAGUCUCCAAGAAUGAUCUGCGUACUCCCGAAAACGUCGACCGCAUUAUCUCUGCCGAGAUCCCGUCUGCCCAAGAUCCAGAACUCCAAGAGGUCGUGCUCAAGCAUAUGAUUAACAAUCCAUGUGGAGAACACAAUCCAACAGCCGUGUGCAUGGGCGAGCGGUACUGCAGGAAAGGGUUUCCAAAAUCGUUCAAACACGAAACCAGCCAGUCCGACAGUGGCGUCUCCAUCGAGCGACCCUCCCGUAUUGGCCGCCGACAGCAACCCGUCGUGGUAGACAACUCCUGGGUCGUUCCUCACAGUCCUGUGCUUCUACGUUCAUUCGCUUGCCAUUUGAAUGUUGAACUCUGCGUGUCACGCGUUGGCGGAAUCAAGUACCUCUUCAAGUAUGUGUGCAAGGGACAAGACCGAGCCGCAUGGAGGUUAUUCUCCUUUGACAUUGUAGACCGCAAUCCUCCAGUAGUCAGGCUUGCAGUGCAUCUGCCCAACCACCACACGGUUUACUUUGAGGAAGGGCGAGAGCAGGAGGCGGCGCUUCGACCAGCAACAGGCACGAAGCUGACCGAGUGGUUUAAAGCCAACGAGAAGUACCCAAGCGCGCGGCAUAUUCGGUACCACAAGUUUCCAAGGUACUUUACGUGGAAGACACGCACCAAGUCAUGGAGUGCCAACGUAGUCGGUCGAAUCUACACUGUCAGUCCGAGGGAGGGUGAGCGCUACUUUCUUCGCCUCCUCCUCACACAACACGCAAUCCGAGAUUCAUUCCGGUCAAGCUUCGUUCCUCUUUCUCAUCUGUUUGCUACGAUUCUGGCACACUGCCAGCCUUCGGACCCUCUCUCGCUGUGGAACGACCACCUGGACAUGUUUGUCACCGAUAUUCGCAAUCGUGCACGCAGACAACCCAUUCGAAGACAGCAGCUUCGCGAUGAUCACCACGCCACAUCUUACGUACUUCAAGAGGUACAGGAGGCUCUGCAGACCGUGCGAUCCGACUGGACGCUCGCAAACUUCGGACUCCCACUGCCCGAUGACAGCCUGCCCGCUUUGGAACAGCAAAACGAGAUCGAGACCCCCGAAGCACGAGCGCAGCAGUGGGAAGGGCGACUACAGACGUCGUUGCCGCUGUUGAACACAAAUCAACGUCAUGCCUUUGACGAAAUAGUGGGCUCCUUGCUUCCAGGCGUAUCCGUCUCUGCAUUGCUUCAAGGAUCCUUAAGCGCCGUUGCGGGACCUUCUAUGCCGACACGAAGUGACUUCCUUCGUAAGCGCCGUAAGCAGGUCAUCGCUGUCGCUACGUCUGCUGUUGCUGCUGUGCUGCUCGACGGUGGACGCACCGCUCAUUCCGUGUUCAAGAUUCCCAUUCCUGUAUCUGCCGAAAGCACGUGCAGCUUCUCCGCAAACUCCGACACAGGCCGUACACUGCAACAAGUCCAUCUCAUCAUAUGGGACGAGAUCGUCAUGUGCCAUCGACAUUGCAUUGAGACUGUUGAUCGCUCCCUUCGAGACUUGAUGCAAACCGACCGGCCCUUCGGAGGAAAGUUCCUCGUGCUCGCUGGAGACUUUAGACAAAUCCUUCCCGUCGUUCUGGGCGGGUCCAGAGGUCAAAUCGUGAGUGCGUGCGUCAAGGCUUCCCCGCUGUAUCGAGAGUGCCGAUUCCUGCGCCUUACCGAGAACAUGCGCCUUGCUGCUCUCCGAGCGGACCCUGCAGCAGAUGUGGAGGCUCUCAACUUUCCAGAAUUCCUCCUCAGCGUCGGGGAAGGCAGACUUCAAGGCGAACAGCGCCCGGAAUGGAUCUCUCUACCACAGUCCGUUGCGUUCGAGCACACCAUCCGCAAUUUAUGCCUCAAGGUCUUCCAAGGCAUUCGAGACAAUCACGCCGACCCUGCCUGGCUCACCAAGCGCGUUAUACUCACCACAAAGAACAGGCCGCUCGAGGAAGUCCACGAGGCCAUCGGCAACCUGAUUCCGGGAUCGUAUCGAACGUAUUUGAGCGCAGACAAGGUCGAGAACGAAGACACCAACGCGCUGAUCUAUCCCACAGAAAUGCUCAACACCUUGACCGCCGGAUCUGCUCUACCAGACCACAAGCUCAAGCUCAAGAAAGGCUUCAUCGUCAUGCUUCUGCGCAAUCUCGAUCCCGCUACCGGUCACGUCAACGGCGCGCGAUAUGUCAUCGAGAACAUGACCAACAACCUUCUCUUUCUACACGUUACCACCGGGUCACACCAAGGCAACAGACUGUGUCUUCCUCGAAUGCCCUGCGGACCAGGAGACGACAACUUUCCCAUCCCUGGCUUCACCCGAACGCAGUUACCCAUUCGCACGUGCUUCGCCCUUACAACGAACAAAGCGCAAGGCCAAUCCUUCGGUGGCCGCAUUGGUCUCGACUUACGAGAUCACUGCUUCUCGCACGGUCAACUCUAUGUCGCACUGUCAAGGACUACUCACCCAGGCAACGUCACUGUCCUCACUCGAGAGUCCAAUGAAACCACGCGAAACGUAGUGUACCCCGAGGUCCUUCAGUAG